AUGGCCAGGAGCCUGGAAUUGAAUAUACAUGUAAGCGAAACUCCAAAAAAUACAGUAAUUUCUUCUUUGAAUGUCAUUCCAGAGCCCAAUAUCAGGCUGGUAGGCGGCAGUGAUCGUUGUUCCGGGAGAGUGGAGGUGUGGCACAGUGCACAAUGGGGAACGGUAUGCGACGAUGGAUGGGACACUGACGACGCCAAGGUUGUCUGCAGUCAGUUGGGCUGUCCCCCUGCCGCAGCAGCAAUACAGGGGGCACACUUCGGGCAAGGCAGCGGGAAUAUCUGGAUGGAUGAUGUUGCGUGCAAUGGAAAUGAAUCCGCCCUUGAAGAAUGUUCCUUUGGAGGAUGGGGGAGUCAUAACUGCGGUCACGGAGAGGAUGCAGGAGUGAAUUGUUCAAAAGUGCCCGAAGUAAGGCUGGUAGGCGGCAGCGAUCGUUGUUCAGGGAGAGUGGAGGUGCGGUACAAUGCACAGUGGGGAACGGUAUGUGACGAUGGAUGGGACACUGAAGACGCCAAGGUUGUCUGCAAUGAGUUGGGUUGUCCCUCUGCUGCAGCAGCAAUCUCGGGGGCACACUUCGGGCAAGGCAGCGGGAAUAUCUGGAUGGACGAUGUUGCGUGCAAUGGAAAUGAUUCCGCCCUUUGGGAAUGUUCCUUCCGAGGAUGGGGGAGUCAUAACUGCGAUCACGGAGAGGAUGCAGGAGUGAUUUGUUCAAAAGAGCCCGAAAUAAGGCUGGUAGGCGGCAGCGAUUGUUGUUCAGGGAGAGUGGAGGUGCGGUACAAUGCACAGUGGGGAACGGUAUGUGACGAUGGAUGGGGCACUGAAGACGCCAAGGUUGUCUGCAAUGAGUUGGGUUGUCCCUCUGCUGCAGCAGCAAUCUCGGGGGCACACUUCGGGCAAGGCAGCGGGAAUAUCUGGAUGGACAAUGUUGCGUGCAAUGGAAAUGAAUCCGCCCUUUCGGAAUGUUCCUUCCGAGGAUGGGGGAGUCAUAACUGCGGUCACGGAGAGGAUGCAGGAGUGAUUUGUUCAGAAGUGCCCGCAGUAACGCUGGUAGGCGGCAGCGAUCGUUGUUCAGGGAGAGUGGAGGUGCGGUACAAUGCACAGUGGGGAACGGUAUGCGACGAUGGAUGGGGCACUGAAGACGCCAAGGUUGUCUGCAAUGAGUUGGGUUGUCCCUCUGCUGCAGCAGCAAUCUCGGGGGCACACUUCGGGCAAGGCAGCGGGAAUAUCUGGAUGGAUGAUGUUGCGUGCAAUGGAAAUGAAUCCGCCCUUUGGGAAUGUUCCUUCCGAGGAUGGGGGAGUCAUAACUGCGAUCACAGAGAGGAUGCAGGAGUGAUUUGUUCAGAAGCAGUACUGGAGAGUGAAGACUUUAUCGAAGUACAGGACCCGAAGGAUUAAGAGAAGUUGGUAUCGUUCGGCAGUAUAACAAGGGAUCAACCUUAUUGAGUCUUCAUUGAAGAUAACGACCUGCAUUGUAGAUAAUUCUUGCCAAAAGAGCAAGGAAGUUCAUGCAAGGUUUGCUCUCUAGAAAUUAAGGUCAGUUGUUUUAAGCCAUUUAUUUCCUGCAUCGUGAAUCCUUUGGACAGAACCAAUAGGAAAGUCGCGUCUAUGAAGAAAUCCUUUUUCCAGACAAGUCUCUCCCCAUUUAAAUGUAUAAAUCUGUUGGACUUUUGAAUUUACCAUUUUAAGAACUGUAUUUGACUUUACUGCUUUAAGAACUGUUUUCGCAUUUAAUGCUUUAAGAACAAGUGACAGCUUGUUGA